AUGCCUAAACGUCGCAGACAGCUGACGCAGCAAGAAAUUGACGCGAUUUUAUUUGCAUCUGGCUCAGAAAGUGAGCUAUCCAGUGAAGAUGACGGUUGGCCGAAAGAGCAAAAUGCAAACAACUCUUUCAUUGAUUCAGAAUUCAUUGCUCAACUCCCAGAUUCAGAAGGAGAAAUUGGUUUUAAUGAGGAUCCUGAUGAAUUCCAUGAAAGUUUGGAGGACCAAGAAAAUGUUUCUCCAAAGGAAAAUAUAAUUAACGACGCACAGGAAAUCAAUGAAACUGGAUUUUCAUAUUCAAACUUGAAGUGGACUGAUGAAAUUGACAACACUUUGAUCAGAAUGAAACCGGAAGAGUGUAAAGGGGGUCCAAUACAUGAUCUUCCUGUCGGAUCAAGCGCUGAAUCCUAUUUCAAGCUUCUUUUUACUGAAGAAAUGUGCGAAAAUAUUUUGCAGAACACUAAUAAGUAUGCUGAUUACGUAAAAAGUACUUCCAGCUCCGAAAGUCAAAAGAAACGUAAAUGGUCUCCUCUGCAACACAUCCAAGAACUGUAUAACUUUUUCGCAAUAAUAUUAAUCAUGGGCAUCAACAAACUACCAAGGCUCAGAAACUACUGGUCGGAGAAUAGUGCUUUAGGAAAUGAGAGAAUUAAAGAAAUUAUGACUAGAGAUCGUUUCUUUCAAAUAUACAAAUAUUUUCAUUUGUCAGAUAGAGCAGAAGAAGUGUCCCAAAACGAUGAUAAUUUCUACAUGAUGCAAAAAAUAGAUCCUUUCAUGAAGGAACUUCGAAAAAAUUUUCAAAGCCAUUUCCAUCCAUACAAAGACUUAUCCAUUGAUGAGGCAAUGGUUAAGUACAAAGGACGGUUAGGCAUUGUGCAAUACAUGCCAAACAAGCCUGUUAAACGUGGCAUUAAAGUGUGGAUGCUGUGCACUCCUUUUUUGGGCUACACGUGUAAUUUCGAAAUAUAUUGCGGGAAAAAAGAUCAAAUGCCCCGUUCAACUAAUGGCUUAGGUCAUGAUGUCGUCAGCCACUUAACAAAAGUCCUGGAUGUCGGACAUUGUGUGUAUUUUGACAGGUACUUUACUGGUAUUCCUUUGAUGCUGGACUUAUGUGAAAAAGGAAUAUACGCUACUGGAACAGUUACGGGAACCCGGAAACAUCUUCCACCUAAUUUAAAGAAAAUUAAACUCCAAAAGACUGGUGAAUCGAAGGUUUUCCAGUGCAUAGAAUUCCCGAAUUUGACGUGUACUGUGUGGAAAGAUAAAAAGGAAAUUUCUAUAAUUAGCAAUCACAGUGAGCAUAUAGAAAUCACAGCAAUCUGUUCUGACAGUACAAAAAAUGCUUCUUUCGCUUUGGAAUACAGAAGUAUAUCGUGA